AUGCCAGCAAGUGUUUACCACGAUAAAGUCCUUGUCAAAGAAUCUGUAGAAUACAUUAAACGUGCACGAACCAAGUCAGAGAAUGAUAUUUCGAAACGUGGCAAUGUAGAUCAUGACGAGAAAAAGAAGUUUCCUACCACAUCUACAUUUACUGUUGAUUCUUCGACACGUUUGUCUGAAGAUCGACUACCACGACGUCAAGAACAACGUGUAAUUACACGUUUAAAAGUUAACAACGAUCAAAAUAAUAAUUUACGUACGAAUUCGACUGAUAGAUUAAAUACAAAUUCGACAAUAACCUAUCGCGAUAAAUCAGACCCUCGUCGAUACUCACAGCCAUCAUCGAAUACUCUGCGUUCAACACAACGUUCAACAACUACUACACCAUCGGCAGUUCCACCCAAUCAACAUCAUUUAAGUAAAUCUGUUGAUCGUAUAACCUCAACUAAUCGUAGUAGACGAGAAUUACGUUAUGAAGAACAUGAUGAUUUUAUUCCACCGCCACAAUAUCGUGAACCACCGCCACAACACCAACAUUUAGCCAAUAUACAAUGUCAUCCGGCAAUCGAUCAGUAUAAUCGAAAUUUGAAUACAACAGUUUAUCAUCCACGAGCGGUACCAUUAUACGAAAAUAAUAAUCAACAGUACGGUUAUCCAUCACAGUUUUCGUUAGCAAGAAAAAGUCAGAUAGAUCAUAUCCAACCAAAUAUUCAGGUUCAACAUCUGCCACCGCCUCUUCCAUUAUCACAGUAUUAUACGACAUCAACUUCUCAAGCACAGUAUUAUCGUCAAAUACCUGUUGCGCAUUAUUCUACACCCUCUUCUUAUAAUUUAAGACAAUUACCUGAACGUGACAACACAAUUUAUAGAAAAAUAAACAAUAAUGAACAUCGUAUCGUUACUCCAUCGAAUAGUAGUACGUUAAGUAGUAUAAAUAGUCGUUUGAAAUUAUCUGUCGAUACAAUGGCCGACGAUAGAGAAAAUAAUAAUCACACUUACGGAAAACUAUCUGAUUGUCGUUCGCUUAUACCAUCGUUCGAUAAUUCAACAAAUAUCAAAGCACCUAGACGAAUUCAAUCACAAAAUGAACAGCGACCAACACGAUCCUAUUCUCCUACAUCCCAACCAUAUCAAAAUGAUUUAAAUGAAACGAAAACUUUAAGAAAUCAAACAUCGGGAGGAAAUUAUGCUCAGUUUCCUGUAACUCUCGAUCAUAGUUCAACAGAACCGUUUUAUGCUAAUACUCAAUCGUUGUACGAUAACAUUGUUUAUCCGCAAUCGGCAACAAAUAAACGCAAUCUACCACGUAAUCAAACAGUUGAUUUAGAUGGAAUGUUAACAACAAAGUCUUGUGCAUCACAGACACAACUGACAUGGACUAUGGCGACAUUUAGUUCAUUUGUGGAUUUGGAAAAUCAAUCGAUUAUUAUUCCUCAACCAGAUCCAGCGACAUUUUAUUCUAUAGGCAAUACAAUAUCUCCCUAUCAAUCACAACAACAUAUUAGGAAAUUAUCACCAACGUCCUUUGAAACUGACACUCAUCCACACCAACAUCAUCACCAUCAUACGAAGUCUCCUGUCAAUAAUUUAAUUGAAAAACGUGAUAAUUCAUUUCAAACAUUAUUAACAUUCUCACCAUUUGACGAUAACAGUAAUAUCGAUAUGCAAUUGUCAUCAGAUGGCACAACACCUACAGUCGGUACAAACUCUCGUAAACCAACAAAGUCUCGUUUAGCCACACGUGAUGUUGGCCUCCAAGUCAGUAUUCAGACAGUUAAAAAAAUAACGUUUUCUACGACUCCCACGGCACCUGCGUUCGGUAGUAUAACAUCAACUCCAUCGUUGUCUGAACCGUCAUCAGCUACUUCGACUACGACAUCUCCCACAACUGUUCUGAUCCCAUCCGCGAAAGAGCACCGAACAAUUGCAAUAAAUACCGAACAUAUACAGACACGAAAUAAUCAUACGCAAAGUGCACCACAAGACAAUGAAAAAAUAUCGCCUAAAAUGGCAUCAGCCUAUUCUCAAACAACAAAAUCGUUAACGAUGACAGAUACAAAAUCCCAGCAAACAACACCAAAGAUGGGCGUACCCCGAGAUCAAUGGGUUGAAACAACGUUAAAUAGUACGAAACCGGGCUUAUUCUUUUGUGAUCUUAGUUCAGUUGUCAAAGAAGGAGAAAAUUCAUCUUUGAAAAAAAAGUAA